AAAAAUUUGGUCUUGGGAUAGAACUGAUCCACAAGGCAGUUCUUCUUUGUUUUCUGUGUUGUGAUUGGUUGAGAUAUUUUGGAGAGAAAGAAAAAUCUCCCAUCCUCUUCGAAAUCGAUGAUGGCUGAAGAAGUAGGCGCGCUCACAUUCCCGAUGUCGAGAGAAUCGGAGUCCGCUUCUCGACUCAAAACCAUAAUCUCCGAUAUGCUUCCUCGUUUCUCCGACGAUUACAUCGACGACGUCUUCUCAGUUCGUCAUCUUCUUUAAAUUUCAUUUUGCCUUCCUGUUCUAGAGACGACGAUUCUUAGGUUUUUAUUGUUUUCGAAUUCCUUCGUCUGUCUCGUUACUUGUGAAUUUUUCCCAAGGGAUUUGGUACUGGUGACUAUGUUUUGAUUGUUCGAUUUAAUUAAUUAUCGAUGAGUGUAUGUAAUCACUUUGUUUAGACUGGUUUCAACUUGUAGAAAUUGUAAUACUUGAACCGUGGGAGCAGAAAAUUGCAGGUUGAUGAUGCUUGAUUUGGUGUGAAGAUCAGGUGAUGAUGAUUUUCGUGUUUACUGAUGAAUCAGCUUGUUUCAGGAGUAUGUUACAGUCCUUGUUUGUAAUGGAAAGAGUCAGAGCCAUGCAAGAUAAGAUUUGGACCCGUUUCUUGGGGAGAAAUCUCGGGGAUUUGUUGCCUGCUUGUGGGAGCUUCUUCUGAAGUAUUUCUCUCUAGAUAAACAAGAAAAUAUGGCUUCUGAACCUAGGACUGUGAUCAGAAAGCUACCGAUGCUACUCUAAUGGAACAAGAUUUAAGCUCCAGAAAGUAUGAUGACUGUGAUCAGAAAGCUACCAAUUCGAUGAAUGUGAGACUAAGACAUCUGUUUGGCAUCCAGGCACAGGAGAACAAAGUGGUUCAGCAGCAUGUACCACCAUUCCUUGCAGCGUAUAGUGAACAGUAUCUACAAGGGAACCAAGUUCAAUUCCCGUAAAGAAGACGUCAUUGGCGAGACUUAUCUUGGGAUUCAAAUAUUUAGAUUCUACUUCAAGUGCACCAAGUGUUCUGCAGAGCUGACAAUGAAGACGGAUCCACAGAAUUCUGAUUACAUUGUCGAAUCUGGGGCAUCUCGUAAUUAUGAACCCUGGCGUGCAGAAGAUGAGUUGAUUCACUUUGUUUAACGUUAUGUUCCAUGUCAAUUCAAACUCAUUAAGGCGUGAAGAAGAAGACUUCAAUGAACAAGAUACAGCUCUUGCAGGAUCAGAAUCUGUCUUUACUGAGUCACAAGCUUUAGCCGCCUCACCAUCACCAUCCGAGGCUUCAUAGACGCUUCUAAACCAGAUGGCUCGAAAGACUACCAAAUUGUCCAGCAUGGGGUCUCCUCCUACACCACUACCUGACUUUGACCAAAUCAUUGAGAAAGUUGGCAUCGCCAACUCUGUGUCCUCAUCCAAAAUCUCUACCUUUUUGUCCAAAGUAAAAAAGGAAAUGACUUUUAUUACAUUUGGUAACUAACUAAUAAAUCAAUAUGUUUGUUUGUUUUUUUA